UUCUAAUAAAAAGAUUUUAGCAGUUUCUUUUGACAAAUGGAUCCCAUCAUUUUAUAAUAAUUAAGUGUACAAUGUUUCCUAAUUGAAGCUUAUUUAAUGUCUGUUGGCCGGCCAGUGAAAAAGAAAUAAUACAAAACCAUGGAGAUUUCUUUGUAAUUGAGUCAUCUUAGCUCAUUCAUGGCUGUUGGAAUUUUGACAAUCUUCUUCUCUAGCACACUCUGCUUGUUCCUUCUUUGGAAGCUCACCAAGUUGAUUGAUAAAGUAUGGUGGAGUCCGAGACGUAUACAAAGACUGCUGAGUUCACAGGGAGUAAAAGGCCUUUCUUACAGCUUUCCUCAUGGGAACACGAAAGUGAUCUCAGCAAUGAGAAGCCAGUCGAUGGGGUAUCCCAUGGGAAUUUCACAUGAUAUGUUUCCGAGGAUUCAGCCACAUGUCUACUUAUGGACAAAGAUGUACGGAAGAAACUUUAUUAAUUGGCAUGGUCCAGAAGCUCAGUUGUUUGUGACAGAGCCCGAUCUUAUCAAGGAAAUACUGAAUAACAAAGAAGAUGCUUAUCCGAAAAUGGAGAUGCAAGGAUAUGCCAAGAAGUUGUUGGGGGAUGCAAUGAUAACAAAUGAAGGUGAAAAAUGGGCAAAGAUAAGAAAACUAGCCAACCAUACUUUUCACGCGAAUAGCUUGAAAGGCAUGAUUCCAGAAAUGAGUACUAGUGUGGAGAUUAUGCUAGAGAGGUGGCGUGAUUAUGAAGGUAAUGAAAUAGAUGUGCACAAGGAAUUUGGCGCAUUAACAACUGAAGUUAUUUCAAGGACGGCCUUUGGGAGUAGUUUUUCUGAUGGGAAACACAUAUUUGAGAUGGUAGCAAAACUGACAGCUAUUACUGUUAGAAAUAUAUACAGGACUCGACUGCCAGGCCUCAGCCAAAUCAUUAGGACAGAAGAUGAGACCCAAGCUGAGAAACUUAAAGAAGGAAUCAAGAAUUCAAUUCUAGACCUCGUAGGUAAAAGAGAUCAGAAGGUGAAGAACGGAGAAGCUGAAGACUAUGGAAGUGAUUAUCUUGGACAACUUGUGAAAAUCUGUCAUGAUUCUGAUGCAAACAAGAGGAUUACUGUGGCACAAAUGGUGGACGAGAUCAGGGCGUUGUAUGGUGCUGGUCAUCUAACAACGACAAAUUUACUUUCAUGGACCGUUUUUCUUCUGGCAGUCGACACAGAUUGGCAGGAUAAAGCUAGGAAGGAAGUGUUCCAACACUUUGGCCAGGAAAAUCCAUCAUCUGAUGGCAUUGCAAGGCUUAAAUCCAUGAACAUGAUUAUAAACGAGUCACUCAGACUCUAUCCACCCGUGCUUACUGUGACAAGAGCAGUUAAAAAGGAAGUUAAAUUAGGAAGCCUCACUCUUCCUCCUAAUCUCAGCAUUUUCAUUUCCAUACUGGCUCUUCAUCACGAUCCUCAGAUAUGGGGCAAAGAUGUUCAUCUCUUCAAACCAGAAAGAUUUUCUGAAGGGGUGGCUAAAGCGACAAAUAACAAUGCUGCAGCAUUCAUUCCCUUCGGUAUGGGGCCUCGGACUUGUGUGGGACUGAACUUCACAACAAAUGAAUCAAAGAUUGCACUUUCAAUGAUCCUGAAGAGGUACAAGUUCUCACUGUCCCCAAACAAUGUUCACCACCCUGCUGAUAUAUUCAUCCUCACCCCGAAAAAUGGAGUUAAAGUGAUACUUCAAAAACUGUAACUCUUUGCAGAAGAAACUACUUAUGCAACUCUGAAGUUGUUUGUUUGAUCAAUAUGUAAAUAGGAUUAAGGUUACAUUGUAAGCAAUGACUGUGAAAUAAAUAAUAAUGUCAUUGUACAUUA